AUGAAGAUUAUCUCUGCAACUUAUGCUGUCCUUUUACCUGUGUGGCUAUGCCACCAAGGCGCUUUGGCUGCAAUUUGUGGUGAUGGAAGCUGUGAUGGUGACUCCACUCCUGCUCCAGCACCCCCCUCUGGGUUGAAUCCUUCCGCUGAUCACUCACGAAUGAUUGCCUAUGUUGGGAAUUGGCAGUCCUGCCCCACAGCUGCACAGCUCACCCAGUACACCCACAUUGUCAUUGGUUUUGCCGUCUCUUAUACAGAUGCACCAGGAAAGAACAACUGCAGCCCCACCUGUGAGAUUGCCACUCCUCCUAUUUGUAACAAUGCUCCUAAUCCUGCUCUUCUCGGCGAACUCAAGGCUCAAGGCAAGAAGAUCCUUGUGAGCUUUGGAGGGGCCGGGAUGGGUGGUUCCUGGGCUGGCGAUCAGAACGAUUGCUGGGAGUACUGUUAUGGCAGAGAGACUCAGGUCGCAUCUCGGUUGACUGCCAUUGUUGAUGAGCUUGGUGCUGAUGGUGUUGAUAUCGAUUACGAAUACUUUUAUGAGGACAACCAGAAUGGAUCAGGUUUCAACAAGGGCACACAGGCUCAGAACUUUUUGACCCAGGUGACUGUUGGUCUCAGAAAUUCUCUGGCAUCUGAUGCAAUUGUCACUCACGCCCCAAUGGAUGUUGACCUGGAACCGAAUACAGCCUACUUCCAGCUCCUCAAAGCUAAUUCUCACACCCUGGAUUUUAUCAUGCCUCAAUACUACAAUGGAAUGACACGACCGGUUCCAGAUGGUAUUGGCGGCACUGGGCAGGGAAGCACUUCAGCAUUGGAACACUACAAUGAAGUUGCCAAUCAAUUCUUUGGUGGAGACGCCACUCGCAUGGUGUUUGGAUUCUGCAUCAAUGAUUGCAGUGGAACCGGAAGCAAUGCAAAUGCCCAUCAAGCAGCUCAGAUCAUGACUGAUUUGUCCACAUCUCACAACUGUCACGGCGGUGCCUUCUUUUGGGUUGCAAUCGAUGAUACAGAAGGUUCUUGGUCUUCCGUUGUCAACCAAGCCAUUACUACUUCGACCACCUGCUCCUUGUCAAUCACACCAGCACCAGUCACCAGCGCUCCUCCUCCAACGAAGGCACCCACACCAGCACCAGUGAGUCCUCCCACGGCCGGGCCCACGGCUGCUCCUGUUACUGCCCCGGAUGGGCCUACCAGUGAACCUUGCUGCCCUCCUGGAUACACAGGGCUCUUGGCUUAUAGUGAAUGUGCUCAGUAUUAUUAUUGUGUCAAUGGUGCAGUUGUUGGCACUCCUAUUCUUUGUACACAGGGCAGUCUCUUUGACACUGCCUUGCAGUAUUGCAACUGGAGCCAUGAAGUGUCAUGCAAUGGUGUUGCCGAUUGUAAUGACUCUCCCCCAGUCGCUCCUCCAACGAAGCAUCCAUCAGCAGCGCCAGUGAGUUCUCCCCCACCCACACCUGCACCAGUCACCAUGGGUUCUCCAACGAAGCCACCCACACCAGCACCAGUGAGUCCUCCCACGGCCGGGCCCACGGCCACUCAAGUGCCAUGCAAUGGUGGUGCCACUUGUAAUGACUCUCCCCCGGCCGCCCUUCCAACGACUCCUCCAACAAAGACACCCUCAGCAGCGCCAGUGAGUUCUCCCCCGCCCACGCCCGCACCAGUCACCAUUGGUUCUCCAACGAAGCCACCCACACCAGCACCAGUGAGUCCACCCACGGCCGGGCCCACGGCCGCACCAGGGCAGCCCACGACCACACCUGUUACUGCCCCAACUGAGCCUUCCAGUGAACUUUGCUGCCCUCCUGGAUACACAGGACUCUUCACGUACAGUGAUUGUUCUGAGUAUUAUAGUUGUUUUGGUGGUGCAGUUUUUGGUGGUCUUUCGGAGUGUCCACAGGGCACCCUCUUUGACGUUGAAUUUCAGAUGUGCAACUGGGGCAAUGAAGUGUCAUGCAAUGGUGGUGCCGGUUGCAACUAA